UUGCAAUUUUUUGUUAUAGGUUUAAUAAAUAUGGUAGAUGGUGUACACACUGUAGUUUUCAAGUUGUAGAAGAAAUGAAAACGUUAGUAUUGACCCUUUUAGUGAUCCUUUUAAAUAUAGAAUUUGAAAAGGCAUCAAUAGUUAAACUACAAUUUGGUGGGACAGUUGGGUUGGCAAAUACUUGGGUACCCACAGGAAGUUGUUUAUCAUCAUGGACUUCUGAAUUGUUCAAAAAUCAAAAGAAGGCUACUUGGCGUACAUGUCUCGCUACUUCGAAUCAGGAUCAAAAUUGUAAUCUCACUACAGCAGUGUAUUCAAUUAACAAUGCCAAUAUAAUAUUUCUAAACACAACAAUAUCUGUACGGUUAUGUUCCACUAUAAACAAAAAUUUAAAAUGUAAACACAAAGUAAAGGUGUUCUUAAUUAGAACACUAAAAAAUGGUAAAAAAGUAACUACUUUACUGGAACUAAUUCCAACUGCUCCAAUACCAAAAUCUGUGCCGUCAGGUGAUUACUUUACACACAGUGACAUUAUACCACUGCCAAACAUGCAUAAUGUAAAAACAGUUGAGUUAAUUUUCAACGCGGAACAAAAUUGUGCAAGGCUUACAGUGGCUGAUUUAUAUUACUACAAUUGUCCUGUGGAGACAGACAAUUUGCUUUCAUUUAUCGAAGUUCCAGCACCAAAUGAAACUACUGGUCAUGUUAAGCUUUCAGGAAAAUGUACCGCUUAUUCAGAGUCAGUUACCAACAAAGAAAAGGCUUUGACAUGUUAUUAUAAUGGAAGUUAUACAGUUACUGGUAGCUGUCAUUGCAUAAAAGGUUACACCAAAGUAGGAGUAAAAUGCAAAGAUUGUGCUGAAUACGAAUUCAAAACUAAAAGUGGAAAUGAGGCCUGCUUAAAAUGCGGAAACAAUACAAAGCUUAAACUACCUCCGAGGUUAUCAUGUCCUUGUUUAAAUGGUUAUUACAGAGAAAAUGGUAAAUCACAAGAUUUUGCAACAGAUUGCUACAAACCACCUGGAAAACCACUGCAUUUGACUGUGAGUGAAGUAAAAAGUAAUUCUGUGUAUUUGACUUGGAAAGCUCCAGUUGCAGGAUCAAAGCCCCUUGAUAACUAUGUUGUGGACUGUAGUAAUUGCCCCAAAGAACAUGACCAAUUCCCGUUAAGAACGAAACAGCUUUACAUCAACAUCACCGGUCUAGGAGCAUUUGCUAAUUACACAUUCGUCAUAUGGAAUGAAAAUUUAGUGACCAACCUGACAGCAAAAACUAUUCACUCUGAGAUCAAAACUCGAACUGGUUUGGGAAAACCUGGCUUGGUUCGUAAUGUUAAGUUUGUUACAAAUAACGAUGGUUCAGUUACAUUUUCAUGGAAUCGUCCGUUUGGACAAGGUGGGCCUAAUCCAGUGUAUGUUUUUCAAUACGAUGGAGAGCCUGAAACAACCACAAUUCGUACUUUUACUAUACCUACUGGAACACAAGACAAGACUUACACUGUCAAGAUUUAUACACAGGUUACGUUUAAUGGUAAGACAAUGCGAAGCGAAGAAUAUUCUCAAAGUGUGCGGGUAAAAGGUGGAAUAUCUUUGACUCUUGCAAUUGGAGCCUCAAUUGGAGUGAUCAUAUUUAUAGUGAUUGUUCUUAUUUUGGCUUUUUGUUAUUGGAGAAGAACCCACCCCUCUUAUCUACAGGUUGUGCGUAUGGAAGAUGGCACUGUGAGACUGCCUGGCAGAAUGUUUCCAGGUGGAAAGUUGUAUGUUGAUCCUACCACCUACAAUGACGUUGAUGAUGCUGUCCAACAGUUUGCGUACGAGCUUGACCGUAAAGAUGUCAAAAUUGGCAAGCUGUUGGGUGGUGGUGAAUUUGCAGAAGUCUACAAAGGAACUUUGUUGAGAAAUGGGAAAAGCCUAAGUGUUGCCAUCAAAACACUAAAAGCUGGUGCAUCAAAACGUGACAGAGAUGAUUUUCUUGGGGAGGCAGCGAUCUUAGGACAGUUCUCCGACGCAAAUGUGGUCAACUUAGAAGGAGUUAUUUUAAAAGAUCACCCCAAUAUUAUCGUUCUUGAAUUGAUGUCAAACGGAGCCUUAGAUAAAUAUUUGCAGAUAAAUGACAUGGAGUUCACGGUAUUACAGUUGCUCGGUAUGGCACGAGGAGUCGCGUCUGGAAUGAAGUAUCUAUCCGAGCUGGGCUUUAUACAUAGGGAUCUCGCUGCAAGAAAUAUACUUGUUAAUGAACAGAAAGUUUGCAAAGUGUCCGACUUCGGUAUGAGUCGUGAAAUCAAAGUUGAUGAGACGUACGUCACGAGAGGUGGUAAAAUUCCCUUUCGAUGGACAGCUCCCGAGGCUAUUCAAUUUAGGAAGUUCACUACAGCUUCUGAUGUGUGGUCCUAUGGUGUGCUGCUUUGGGAGAUUAUGUCAUAUGGUGAAAGACCUUAUUGGGAUUGGAGAAAUUAUGACGUACUUGAACGAUUAAACGCAGGAUACAGACUUCCUCCGCCUACGAGCUGUCCGAAAGUAAUCCACGACUUUAUGUUGCAUUGUUGGAACAAGGACCGCACUAAACGACCGAAAUUUGAAGCAGCGAGAGAUCAAGUGGAGAAGUGGAUUCGAAACCCUGACUUACUUCAAGAAAUUGCAUCAGUUAAAACAAAAACCUAUGAAAACCUUGUCUACACAGUGUUGGAAACAAUCAACGAAUGGUUAGAAGCGAUUGGUAUGUCGCGAUACACGCACAACUUCAUCGAUCAAGGUUUCGCAACGCCACGUCAAAUCUUAGAUCUAACACUAGAUGACUUGGAGGCGUUGGGAAUUGCUCCGAUCGGUCACAGGAAAAAGGUUUACGAGGCUAUACAAAACACGAAAAUUCAGGUUGAAGUGCGCCACAACAACGUGUCUAAACGAAAAGAGGCGAGAAACGUAUCGAAAAAUAAACUGAAUUGAUUGGUAAAGCUGUUGCUUGGAUACGUAAUGAUUUUUAAAUUUGUUAACCAAUCGUAAUUUUUGUUUCCAAAUUUUCUGACGUAUUAUUUUUUAAUGAAAUCAUCGUAUAUGAAUACUCAAUGUUUUAAAAUUUGCGAACUAAGUUUCUGGAUUUAGAAAGACAUGGCACAUUUUUUUCGUAAGAACACUCCCUUUACUUCAAGGACGGGGUCAUCUACGACGGAGAAAAGAUAAUAUAUUUUGAGUGCGCAUGUGCAAAUCAGGGUAAACCCAGAAAAACAAAGUUGUCGUUCUCCCUUCGACUCGAGAAGUACCAUUUUACGGUUGCUAGUCAUACGAAAAUAUUACUGAUAAAAGCAAGUAAGAAGAGCGAGUAUAAUAUUCUUCUCUAUAAAUUUUGUGUUCAACUGCUUGUUGUCAGUUUUUUCGUCAGUUUCGAUUUUUUUUCCCGCAAUUUUGACAGUGACUACUUUUGUUUCAUGAAUUUAUUUUUCAUGUCGCUUUCGUAAUCAAUAUUUGGAGCAACAGGCUUUCAUAAAAAGAUAUGGACAACGUCGUUGCAGAUAGACCUUGUCCUUGUUUCGUCAACUCUCUCAUAAACUUUGAAUUUAAACUUUAAUUUAUCACAACCGCUUCACCGUUAAAAGCAUUGCGUUCUUGCAAAGUUUGUUUUUAUUAAAAAAAACCGUGUUUCGUGCUAAAUUUUAUUCAGCCUUUUGACCAAAUAUCCUUGAGUGUGUCAGGUAUCGCAUACAUAAUAUAAAUUUAUUUUUAAACGCGUUGUUUGUCAUGUGAUUGUACAUUAUCAUAGAUUAUAUAAGAAUGAGUUUUUUUUGUAACUUUUUUCAUUUUUUUAUACAAGUAUAUUUUUAUAAUUCUGUGUUCUCAAUAAAGAAGGCUCGACUACUGGUUUAGUCAGAUGCUUUGAGUAAACCUAGUUCAAACUCUCAUUAAGAUUAAAAUGUUUUCAGAAUUUACGCUAGUGAAAAUGGCAAUAGACCUCUUUCAAUAUGCAUUUCUAUUCCGCAAAAUACACAGCCGGAAUAGACAUACUAACAUGAAAUCGAGGUUAGUUUAGAGCGAAUUUUAAUUUGCCAGCGGAGUGAUGUACAUAUAGUUUGUUUACCUUUAUUAUUUCUCAAAUUAACUUGUCAAAUGGGCAAAUUAUGAACUUUUGGUAAAAAAAAUAGAACAUGGCACUUAUUUUAUACCGGUUGGGCUUAUUAAAAUUGCUGGUUUAUAUUUUAGCUAGCUCUAGUGUUUAGCUAGCUAGCUAAGGUCGAUUAGUUUUGAUUUUAUAUUUGGCUACACUAGCAUUUGUUACUACUACCUAGCUAGUUGGAGCUUUAACCAAUGUUGCUGAGAUAUAUAUACACUUUAUUCUUUAUUAUUGGAUCUCUUUUAUUUUUUAAAACCUCUGUAAAUAACAUUAUGACUUGGCUAUCCUAAGCAUGCUGAGUUCGUUGUAUUAGACUGAAUAUUGGUCUUCAUCGUGUUAUGUAUUCACCAAAAUGUAAUAAGAACAUUCUUUUCACUUCUUCUAAAGUUGAUUCCUGAUGCUUGGCAAGUGUUGCUUCGACAAUCUUUUGGAUUUCUUCGUCCGCCAUGUUUGUAACGCCAAGGCCAACUAACGAUCGAGGAAGAACCCUUGCGAGAAUCGCCUGAAAUACUAACUCACUGCGCAUGAGCAGUCACACCUGCAAAGCAUUGCCGUACAGAAUAUGAAAAGAAACUUAGUUUCCAGCAAUCUGCGAUAGUGGAAACCUCGCAUGCAAUUACCCAAGGUAAAAACAUGUACACUCAUAAGUAUCCUUGAGCAUUGAUUACCUAAAAAUAAUGGCCUGUAAGAAUGUUACGGUAACAGCUACAGAUAAUUGUUGUUGUUUUUUAAAUUCACAAAAUGUUCUGUCAAUAAGUAGUAUUUCAAUAAGUAUUGCCAGUAACAUUAUAUUUAAAAGUAUUUCUAGAUUGUUAUUACAUGUCAGGAAUAACUAUGGGUAUUAUAAUUUAUUUGUAUAUAAAAGCAAAGAUCAACAACUUUUUUGUAAACAUAAUUUUUUAAAGGGUGCUCUUCAUAGACAAAUCUGAUAGAAUUAACAUAAAAACUUUUCUGUAU